AUGUCGCUGAGCCCCAAGCACACGACGCCCUUCUCGGUCACCGACAUCCUCAGCCCGAUGGAGGAGAGCUACAAGAAGUUCGGCGGCAUGGACGGGGCGGGCGGGCUGGGCGCGCCCCUCGGGCCCUACCGCCAGCCGCCGGUGCCGGCCGCCGCCGCCGCCGCCGUGCCGCAGCACGUCGUGGCCGGUCCCACCGGGGCCACCGCCUACCACAUGCCCCACGGCGUCUCCCAGUUCCCGCACGGCGCCGUCGGGGGCUACUGCAACGGCGGGCUGGGCAACAUGGGCGAGCUGCCCGCCUACCCCGAGGGGAUGCGGAGCGGCGCGGCGGCGGGCGGCGGCUGGUACGGGGCCGGCGGCGACCCCCGCUACUCCAGCAUCUCCAGGUUCAUGGGCCCGUCGGCGGGGAUGAACGUGACCGGGAUGGGCGGCCUGAGCGGCAUCGCCGAGGGCGCCAAGGCCAUCGUGCCGCUCCACGCGGCCCCGCGGAGGAAGAGGAGGGUGCUCUUCUCCCAGGCACAGGUCUACGAGCUGGAGCGGCGCUUCAAGCAGCAGAAGUAUCUGUCGGCGCCGGAGCGGGAGCACCUGGCCAGCCUGAUCCACCUCACCCCCACCCAGGUGAAGAUCUGGUUCCAGAACCACCGCUACAAGAUGAAGCGCCAGGCCAAGGACAAGGCGGCCGCCCAGCAGCUGCACCCCGACGGCGGCGGCGGAGGCGGCCUCUGCCAGCAGCACUCGCCCCGCCGCGUCGCCGUGCCCGUGCUGGUGAAGGACGGCAAGCCCUGCCCGCCGCCGGGCAGCGGCACCCCGGCCCCCGGGCAGCCCGCCCCCCCCCCCGCGGCCGACCUGGAGGAGCUGUCGUCCAGCCCGCCGGCGCUGCACGGCCAGGUGCCCCCCCUGGCCCCCAUGGACUCGGCCGGCGUCGACUACAACGGCGGUAUGGUCAGCCCCAACCUGCUCUACGGCAGGACGUGGUAA